CCCUCCAUCUUCUUCCUCUCCUCUCUCCCUCUUCUUGACCAACACCUCAGCCGACGAAACUACACACAUCGACCCAAUCGAAACAGCAACCAACAAAACAGAAUGUCUUCUGCCCUCUCAGAGCUACAACCUCCAUCCACCAAACAGAGAUGGUGGAAAGUACCACUCUUCAAUCACAAGCAAAUCGACUCAUCAAACCAACCACCAUCCCCACUACCCCCAACAGCCCAAUACUCAAAAACCCAUCUGAAUCAGCUCAACCAACCAAACAAAAUAUUCGGAUCCAAACUGGAAGACUCGCUACAAUCAGCCUCAGUGGCCAUCUCGAUGAUCGGACAGGACAAGAAGGCAUACAUCUACGGCUUCAUCCCCGUCGUCGUCGCAAAGUGUGGCUUAUAUCUCAAGGAGAACGGAACUCAGGUCGAAGGGAUCUUCAGGAUCUCAGGCUCGACUAAACGGAUGAAAGAACUCCAGGCUAUCUUCGACGAAGCCCCGUUCUAUGGAAAAGAUCUCGACUGGAAAUCUUCUCACUCCUCUUCCAAUCAAGCCCUUCAAGAAACUGCUCUAAUCGAUAGCGAGCCUCAUUCCCUGGAUACUUCCCAAAAACCUUAUUUCUCCAUACAUGAUGCCGCUAACGUACUCAGGCGAUAUCUAAUGUGUCUACCCGAGCCCCUGAUAUCCCAAUCGAUGUACGAGGACCUUAAAGGAGUUUUGGCCAAGUUUUCAGGAGACCAACCAAAACAAAUCCGACUCUUCAAGUCACUAAUUUCCACGCUGAAUCCGUCGAGCCAAUAUCUACUUCUCUAUCUCUUGGAUCUCCUGGCGGUCUUUGCGAACCGGUCAGACAAGAACCUGAUGACGGCGAACAACUUGGCGGUAGUCUUCCAACCUGCACUCUGUCCAGCCAACCCGACUACGGCCGACAAACUGAACAAGAUCAUCUAUGCGCCUCGUCAACCCGCACCACCACCCACGGCUUCUGGUGAACCACACCCUCCAUCGGCUAUCCAACAAGAAUCACUACUCGAACAAGAAUCAAUCAUGAAAGAAGUCAAACAAGCUCAGGCAGUACUCGAGUUCAUGAUCCUCAACCAAAGCCAUUUCGUCGUCGGUUUACGACCCCAAACCAAACCUAAUCCACGUCACUCGGUCCUAGGAGGAGUAAGAAACGAGAAGAUCCCUCACGAUAGAUCACAUAUCAGUAUCUGCGCCAAUGACGACGAACGAACACAGUCCCAUCCUCCAUCGACCCCGCGACCGACGAGCUGUCAGAGCCGGCUCCACGCCAAAGACCCGCUCAUCGGCCUCCGGACAAGCGACAUCAAACGAAGCCACACCUUGCCCAGUAACAACAAUAGUCCUAAGUCUAACGAGUGGAACCAGAUCAUGGACCAGUCCGUCGGAAGCCCCGUACCAUCUCAUUCCGAUCAGCCUCCAAAGUACCACCCUCCCAAACUCUCCGACACGCCCAUGGCCGUAACCUCGUGACAUGUAAACCGUCCGCCCCGGGACAGCUCUCGUCUGCUCUUUUUCGGUCGGCUAGCCUCCUACUCGACUGCCCUCUAUCGACUCUCUCUCACUCGCAACCUAACAUCCUUCCUAAUCUCCCCUCUAGUUCAUUCCUUUGGCUCCCCACGCCUCGUUCCCCUAUAUUCUCGACAACAAGCCUCACUGUUCCAGGACUCUUCAAUACAUGAAGUUUGUUGUUGUUGGGCCGGUGAUGACGAUCCUGCUACUUCGAGUACGACUCCUCCUCUACGAUGACAUCUAUCAAUGAAUACUUGGACGCUUCCUCACCCCAUUCACCACCCAGUCUGCAUGUUUUUUUUUAUUUGUGUGUGUGUGUGUGUGUAGUGUCUUCCUGGUGGGACCUGGCUUAUGAUGUAUUAUUAUCUUCUAUCCAUCCUACUUAUCGUCAUCCUGCUUCUCCAUAACUCUGAUUCUUAUCAUGCGCACCUCCUCCCUCCCUCGCCAGUACUGUGUUACUACCACCCUUCUCUUUCGUUAUCUCACCGUUUUUUUUUCUUUCUUUCUCUU